CAGACUCAUCCCCCCUGCAGGGCCCGAUGUCAGUGCUGCUGUUGGGACACCUUGGCACAGUGCAGUAGGCAGGGCAGGGGGAGGUUGUUGCUGCUCAUACAGCUGGGACACCUGGUCCAGGGCAGGUUACUACUGGGCACUGAGAUACCCACUGCAAGUUGCACCUUCACCGGACUGAGUGCAGGAAGAUCAGGGCAGACGAAGCGAGAUCCUCUGGACAGGAGAGAGGGCAUAAUCUGGGCUGCAGGAGAGAAUCAUCUGUACAGGAGGAGAAACAGACUCUGACCAGGAGUUAAACUCUGGGCAGGAGAGAGUCUGACUUGGAGAGACCCUGGUAGAGAGGUGGCAAAGCCUGGGCAGGAGGAGGUGCAGAGACCGGCAGGAGCAGAGCUGGGAAACUGUCUUCAUAUCCCUACAAAGCUCAGCACACCCUGCCCCUGCAACUGGCAUCAACGUGUGAGAUCUGCGGAGCUGCCAGGCUGAAGCCCGGAGCUGGAUUCGGACUUUAAGAUGCUGGAGCUGACACUUUAGGACACAUUCUGGACCUGGCACUAGGAAUUAAACAGGACUGGGAGAUCUCACAACACUUGUGCAAUAGAGCUGCCCAUCUGAGUGUGGGAAUAGGAAAUCACUAGCUGGCACCAGUCUGCACUUGACAUCAUGGCUUCAUGGGCUGUAAUUCACCCGGAUCUCUGACAUUGUACUCUGGAUCUGGCUCUCUGGUACCCUGCAAGACCUGUUUUAUCUCUCAGCUUACACUGGCACUGGCACCCUGAGCGCGGGCAGGGAGCAGCCGAGCUGUGGCAGGAGACUGCAGGCUGGUGAGGGGGGCACAGGGCUUGGAGUUGCCGUACUGUUGUGAGCAUCAGAAGGUCCCGGAGCGCAGGGGGACAUCCCAAAGAGCGUGGCCGAGGAACAAUGACUUCAGCUCAGAUCCCCUGCGCAUCAGCACCCGCUGAGCUUCUUCUGGCUCUGCUGCUCAGCUGCGUCUUUGGCUCGUCCAUAGCAGGAAUCGAGUACAGCGACGUUUUGCCUGACUCCUUCCCAUCAGCACCAGCAGAGUCACUGCCGCAUUUCCUCUUGGAACCCGAAGAUGCUUAUAUUGUAAAAAAUAAACCAGUGGAGCUCAUUUGUAAGGCAAACCCGGCCACGCAAAUCUACUUCAAAUGCAAUGGGGAAUGGGUGAAUCAGAACGACCAUAUAACAAAGGAGAGGUUGGAUGAGGUGACAGGGCUUGUGGUACGAGAGGUGCAAAUAGAAGUGUCCCGCCAGCAGGUAGAGGAGCUCUUCGGGUUGGAGGACUAUUGGUGCCAAUGUGUGGCCUGGAGCUCGGCAGGAACCACAAAAAGCCGGAGAGCCUAUGUCAGAAUAGCAUAUUUGCGGAAAAAUUUUGACCAGGAACCUUUGGGCAAAGAAAUACCUAUGGAUCACGAGGUCCUCUUGCAGUGUCGGCCACCAGAAGGCAUUCCCCCUGCUGAGGUGGAGUGGUUAAGGAAUGAGGAUGUUAUUGACCCUACAGAGGAUACAAAUUUCCUUAUUACAGUUGACCACAACCUCAUAAUUAAGCAGGCCCGGCUUUCAGACACCGCCAACUACACCUGCGUUGCAAAGAAUAUUGUUGCCAAGCGUAGAAGUACCACGGCAACUGUUAUUGUUUACGUAAAUGGUGGGUGGUCCAGUUGGACUGAAUGGUCUCCGUGCAACAACCGAUGUGGUCGCGGAUUUCAAAAGCGAACAAGAACCUGCACCAACCCAACUCCUCUCAACGGAGGCUCAUUUUGUGAGGGUCAGCCCUUCCAGAAACUGGUGUGCACAACUAUGUGUCCAGUAGAUGGAGGUUGGACAGAGUGGACUAAAUGGUCGGCCUGCAGCACAGAUUGUACCCAUUGGCGAAGCCGGGAGUGCAGUGCGCCCACCGCUAAGAAUGGAGGGAAAGAUUGCAAUGGCAUGCUACUGGAAUCCAAAAACUGCACGGAUGGCUUGUGUCUUCAAAACAAAAGAGUUCUAGGUGAACCAAAAAGUCAUUUGAUGGAGUCUACGGGUGAUGUGGCACUCUAUGCCGGGCUUGUGGUUGCAAUUUUUAUUCUCAUUAUCAUACUCAUGGCGGUCGGUAUAGUUGUGUAUCGACGGAACUGCAGAGAGUUUGACACGGAUAUCACAGAUUCAUCAGCCGCCCUUACAGGAGGAUUUCAUCCAGUUAACUUUAAGACCUCACGACAUGACAAUUCUCAGCUCCUUCAUCCUUCUAUGCAGCCUGAUUUGACUGCCACCGCUGGCUUAUACAGGGGUCAUAUGUAUGCCCUCCAGGACUCCGCAGACAAAAUUCCUAUGACCAAUUCUCCUUUAUUGGAUCCACUCCCGAACCUGAAGAUUAAGGUCUACAAUUCCUCUACGGGCUGCUCCACUCCUGGAAUCCAUGAUGCCAAUGAUUUGCUUGGGGCAAAGCCAACUGGGACAUACCAAGGAGAUACCAACCUUAUGAAUGCAAGGAAUAAAACUAUGAGCUCUCAGCAUCUCCUGACCUUGCCUCGUGAUUCUAGCAACAGUGUAACAGGGACAUUCGGCAGCCUGGGAGGGAGACUCACUUUCCCCAACACAGGGGUGAGUUUGCUGAUACCACAUGGAGCUAUUCCACAAGGCAAAUAUUAUGAAAUGUACCUAAUGAUAAACAAGAGAGAAAAUACAGUUCUACCUUCCGAGGGGACACAAACAGUUUUAAGCCCAAUAAUCACCUGUGGCCCCACGGGACUUCUGCUGUGCAGGCCGGUGAUUCUGACUAUGCCUCACUGUGCCGACAUAACCACAUCAGACUGGAUUUUGCAGUUAAAGACACAGUCACAUCAAGGGAACUGGGAGGAGGUUGUAACACUAAAUGAAGAGACUCUCAAUACCCCGUGUUAUUGCCAGCUUGAGAGUACGUCAUGCCACAUCUUGCUUGACCAGCUGGGCACCUAUGCAUUUGUGGGAGAAUCCUACUCUAGAUCAGCCAUAAAACGCCUCCAGCUUGCCAUCUUUGCACCUAUUCUGUGCACUUCCCUGGAAUAUAACCUCAAGGUGUACUGCGUAGAAGACACGCCAGAUGCACUUAAGGAAGUUUUGGAAUUGGAGAAGACACUGGGAGGAUACCUUGUGGAGGAGCCGAAGCCUUUGCUGUUUAAAGACAGUUACCACAAUCUUCGCCUAUCUAUUCACGAUAUUCCUCAUUCACUGUGGAAAAGCAAAUUACUGGCCAAGUAUCAGGAAAUCCCAUUUUACCAUAUUUGGAGUGGAAGUCAGAGAACAUUGCACUGCACAUUUACCCUGGAGCGGUACAGUUUGGUAUCCACAGAGCUUACAUGCAAGAUCUGCGUGCGGCAGGUGGAAGGAGAAGGACAAAUAUUCCAGCUACAUACGUCUCUGGAGGAGAAUGUCAAAUCGUAUGAUCCAUUUUGUUCACAUCCUGGAAGUAAUGUGACAACUCAGCUUGGACCUUAUGCCUUUAAGAUUCCAUUCUCAAUUAGACAGAAAAUCUGCAACAGUUUAGAUGCCCCUAAUACGCGAGGGAAUGACUGGAGACUUUUAGCGCAGAAACUGAACAUGGAUCGAUACUUAAAUUAUUUUGCUACCAAAGCCAGCCCCACAGGAGUUAUUUUGGACUUAUGGGAAGCCUUACACCAAGAUGAUGGUGAUCUUAAUACUCUGGCCAGUGCCUUGGAGGAGAUGGGUAAAAGUGAGAUGAUGCUGGUUAUUACCACAGAAGGGGACUGCUAAUGACUUUAGUGUUUGAAUUUGUUGGAGACCACAGACUAUAGUUGGUAGAAACAGUAGAUGUUCCAUGAGAAGAAGACAUUGUUGGUUCUCCUCCACGUUGGAUGACUUACACUGCUGGAGCUUUAUAUGGAGAUGGUUAUUUUCCUUACUGUCCAAUCACAACCAGCCUUAGUAAAUCCUUACAUACUCUGUUUACAAGCCAUCCAAGUGUCUAACGGAUUCCUCCACUUGUUGCCGCAAAGCCACAAGCAUGAAGAAGAUAUCAUUGAAAAUCAUGACAACUGCUGGCAGACAUGUCCCACCAUGCUAGGCUAAGCGUAUAAGACUUUAAAUUUCAUCUUUUCUUUUCUUCUUUACCUUAAAUGGUAUAUAGUACUUUAAAGGUCAUGUAGAGUUUAAAAUAAUUGAUUUUAUCCUUUUCAAGCUUGGAAUAGCCUUACUAAUAAGGCAAACGGUUUCUUAGGAAACGCAAGUUAAUUUAUUAUCCAGAUCUUUGGAUGAGUCCUUGUUUUAUACGUUAAAGAACAGGAUUUAUGAGUGUGUGUAAGUGUGAAUGCGUCUGAGUGUGGCUGAGACUGACAGAAGUAAAUCUAUUUUUUAGUAGACUUUAAUAAUUGUAAACACAGCGUAACUCAAUGGCUCGUUUACAGGUAUGAAGCCUACUAUUGAUAUAAAUGUGUUCACUUGUUAAAUUGUGAGGCUAUGAACAGGUGUCAUUAAGAUAUUUUACUAUCAUCAUUUUCCGUCUUACUGUUCGCAGUUUCCUCUAUUUUUUCACAUCAAAUCUACUUGUAUAGAAUGCACCACAGCUCAGGGAAAAUAUUACAUUGGAUUUGUACUUAAUGGAAGAUACAGAUUUUUCUUUUGAAUAUAUUACUUGAACCAUCUUUGAAAUGAAAGAAUUGGUCAUAACUGAAAUAUAAACAAUAUUAUACUUUAUCAAACCCUGUAAGUUUUUCGCUCUUUUUAGGAGUGUGCCAAUAUCUGCAAAUGUAAUGAAAACUCCUAUGCUCUUUUUUUUUGUUAAAUAAUAAGAUCUUGGAACACAUUUCUGAAUUUGCAAACAAAAAAUAACAAAUGGAAUCUAUUGGCUUUUUAUAUAUUAUACUGGAGGCAACUAGAGUUAAAAUCAUUGCCUCAAAAAUACAGAACUUGCAUAAGAGAAGGUUAUGGGUUUCAAGAUGCAAAUAUACGCAAGUUAUUGAUAAGUUACUGCUUUUAAGCUAAAAAAAAUCUGGUCUAUGCAUUGAGGCAUAUUUGUAGCAUUGAUAGAGCACAGAGCAAUAAUUAAAUAAUCUCUCUCAUCUCUCAUUAAAAAAAGAAACUUUCAAUAUUAUUUACUUUAGCCACUAAUCAUUGUCUAUCAGUAUUUUAUUACCUACAAUAAAUGCAUAUUUUUCUUCUAA